CGGAGCCACCAUUUGCUAAGCUGCGUCUCGAACCCUUGUUCGAGAGCAGAUAGACGACGGCCAUGGCUACGACGAGAGAUUACCCUCUUGGAUUCCCGCCAAAUCAAGGGCUCCCAUCUCCUUGUUUUCGCUUCCUCUUCUUCUUCGCCUCCUCCUCCUCCUCCUUCGGCGUCUUCUUCUACGACCUCUCGGUCGGAUGCCCUCACGGCGGAGUCUUGCGUCAACGAGGGCCUCGAUCUCUUCAAGAGAGGACGGGUUAAAGAUGCUCUUGUCCAGUUUGAAACAGCUCUAAGUUUGGAUCCCAAUCCUGUGGAAGCCCAAGCUGCUUUCUAUAACAAAGCAUGUUGUCAUGCUUACCGGGGUGAAGGGAAAAAAGCUGCCGAGUGCUUACGAGUUGCUUUGAGAGAUUAUAAUCUCAAGUUUGGCACGAUUCUUAAUGAUCCCGACUUAGCAUCCUUCCGAGCAUUGCCCGAGUUUAAGGAACUGCAGGAAGAGGCCAGGUUAGGUGGGGAAGAUAUAGGCUAUGGUUUUAGACGAGAUCUAAAGCUCAUCAGCGAGGUGCGUGCACCGUUUCGUGGGAUUCGGAGAUUCUUUUAUCUUGCAUUCACAGCAGCUGCAGGAAUUUCAACAUUCUUUACCAUACCUAGAUUGAUACGUGCUAUUAGCGGUGGUGAUGAUGCUCCUGAUCUUCUGGAAACUGCUGGAAAUGCUGCCAUCAAUAUCGGAGGUAUUGUUGUUCUGGUUGCGUUGUUGUUCUGGGACAACAAGAAAGAGGAAGAACAGAUUGCUCAAAUAACUCGCGAUGAAACCCUUUCUCGGUUGCCACUACGGCUUUCUACCAAUCGUGUUGUUGAACUUGUCCAGCUACGAGACACAGUUCGACCUGUUAUUUUAGCUGGAAAGAAAGAGACUGUUACACUUGCAAUGCAAAAGGCAGAGAGGUUCCGAACUGAGCUCCUUAGACGUGGUGUUCUCCUAGUUCCCGUGUUCUGGGGUGAAAGUAGAACACCAGAAGCUGAGAAGAAAGGAUUUGGAGCUUCUCAAAAGGCAGCUACAUCUCUUCCCUCGAUUGGGGAAGAUUUUGAUAAAAGAGCCCAGUCAAUUGUUGCCAAGUCAAAGUUGAAAGCCGAGAUCCGUUUCAGGGCAGAGGUUGUGUCACCUGGUGAAUGGGAGAGGUGGAUAAGAGAUCAGCAGGAUUCUGAAGGAGUUGUUCCGGGCGAGGACGUGUACAUCAUACUGCGGCUAGAUGGUCGGGUUCGAAGAUCAGGGAAAGGCAUGCCUGACUGGGCUGAGAUUUUGAAGGAACUCCCACCAAUGGAUGCCUUGCUCAGCAAGUUAGAACGGUAAGUAGGGUAAACCCUAAACUGGAAGAAGCAGAAGAAGGGGAAGCUCGUUUGCUUCCGAGCCACGGAAUCUGGAUUUAGCCUUACCGUUGUUGUUGCUGUCUCAUGGGUUGUUGUUGUAUGUGUACUUCAAAAUUCAAAUGGAAUAGUUGGAGUGGGUAAAGGAUGGAUUGGGAAAAACGCGUUUGGUUUUGGGUGGGAGAGGGUGUGAUUAGAGUUUGAUUAAAAGUUAAUCAUAGUUUAUUAUAAAGAUUAUAAUUAAUCACUCAAAGUUCA